CAGCCCGGGCGAGUUCUCGAUCAACGUUCCAAAUAGAAUGCUGUACAGAAAAGGAGUGCAUGUUUCGCGUUGAGAAACAUGGGCCAGCCUUGUACAAGAAGAAACAACUACCCUCCAAGAAAGUGUACUGUUUCAUGUCUUCUAUAAAUGUGUAUCUACAACAACAAGACUGCCGACAAUUUUCAGAACGUGCGUAAAUUAAUUUAAGGUAAAAUACCAAGUGCUGUCAGCAGGCAAAAUAGUGCAAGAGUGUGCGACCAACAACAAACAAAUAACAGUGAACUACGAAAAGAUAGGACGACCAAGAAGAAGCAAAGGUUUGGGGUGGUGGUAGGCUAUGAGGAGAUGCAACAUUUUGUUACUCUUUCGACUUUUAGAAAAUUAAACAUUUUGUUUUGCGACGUUAAACGCAUCUGAUUAUUGCGUAAACCACUGGGACUGUAUUCAUGUAUACUGUUUCGAGAGACCGUCACUUUCCAUCAAAUAAACUGUGAAAUAACGAUUUAUUUCAUCAAGGCGGCACACAAAACGACUUGCCAAGUAGUUACGAACCAUGAUGAAAUUCCAUAAUUCGGACCUAUGGAUUGCUUGGCUGGUUUCAUUUUGCAUGGAAGUGAGCGUGAGGGCGUUGGAUGUCACAGUGACCCAGAGCAGCAUCCAGGUAGCCCGCGGCCAGGCGGCCAUCUUGCCCUGCUCCUUCUCCACCAGCGCUGCCCUCAACAACCUCAACAUUAUCUGGAUGGUCAUCCCGCUGUCCAAUGCCAACCAGCCCGAACAGGUGAUCAUCUACCAAGGUGGCCAAGUGUUCAGUCUAGCCAACCACUUAAACGGCCGGGUGGGUUUCGUGGCCACCAUGCCAAGUACAAGUGCCUCUAUCUUCAUCAACAACACCCAGUUGUCAGACACGGGGACCUACCAGUGCCUGGUCAACAACCUCCCCGACAGAGGGGGGCGCAACAUCGGGGUCAUCGGCCUCACCGUGCUGGUGCCCCCGUCAGUGCCCUCAUGCCGUGUCCAGGGCACGCUGGACGUGGGCGCUGACAUCAUGCUGAUGUGCAGCAGCGAGGAGGGGAUCCCCACGCCCAGCUACACCUGGGUGAAACUGGAGUCGCUGCCCAAGCUGCCCCACACCGCCAUGCAAGACCAGAUGCAAGGGACCGUAACACUGAGGAACAUCAGUACCAGUACCUCUGGUCUGUACCAGUGUACAGCCUCCAACGCCAUCGCCAAGAGCACCUGUCUGCUCAACCUGCAGGUUGUGGCACCCCAGCCCCAGAGUGUGGGUCUCAUAGCUGGCACCAUCGCCACGGGCGUGUUGGCUGUCAUCAUCUGCUCUCUACUGGUGCUGGUGACACUCUUCUACUGGAAGAACAAGAACAAAUACGAGGAGGAGGAGAUACCCAACGAGAUCAGGGAGGACGACCUGCCCCCUAAGAGGUCGUCUUCAGUGAAAGCGUUUCACGCCGACGCCUCAUCCUCUGAGAACGACACCCUGACGUCCACCAACACCUACAACAGCCGCUAUUGGCACAACCCCAAGCCCAACUACGACACCAACUCCUACACCCGCUACAAUGGCGACACGCGCCAGACGUUCUCUACGGGGCAGGCAGGUCACACAGGUCAAACGGGGGGACAUGCAGCGCACACAGGACACGGGACGCUAGCUCCGCCGGGCUCCGCACCCCUGGCCCGCCAGGCCUACUCUAAUGGUAGCCACACACUCCCCCCGCCCAAGACUCUGGUGGUCACCACCAACUCCGCCCCCUCCCCUCCCACCAUGGUGCGCAGCAAUGGCUCGGUGAGCCUGAAGCCCGUGACGGUGGCAUCGCAUGGCGGGUACACACACUCGUACGCCGUAAGCCAGGCCACGCUGGAGCGCAUGGGCGCCGUGCCCGUCAUGGUGCCAGCCCAGAGCAGAGCAGGCUCUCUGGUCUAAAGUAAACUGUUACUGGGCUGAACCAGCCUGCCUCCCCACUUCUCUGAUUCUCCCUUUUUAACUCAUAAACAGGAUUUUACAAUACCGACUUCAUCUAAUGCCAACGUCUCCAAGUACAGGACCCCAUUUAAAAGCAGCUCCAGGUGUUCUAUUCCUAUUGGUUGGUUUUGUAUUUCUUCUUGGGUGUGGUUGUCUCGCACUGGUUCCUUGGAUUAAAUGGCUGUAACCAAUGGGAUUAUCGCACAAAAGUUACACAUAAUCUUCGGACUUUUCAGGUGAUUGUGGCUGUGGGUUUUGGACUCAUCACGACAGUGAGCAUUAACCGUUUAAUGUCUGUUUUAACCACAUCUAGACACUCCGAAUCCUGCAAGUCCCCAGGGAGAGGCAUCCGAUCGUGCAUGUAUAUUCCAUUGAAAACUAACAGCCAGAUUCUUGCUAUUAUUUCAUAUCACUCAGCUAAUUGCGGUGAUAAUAAUUGUUUCGUAUCUUCAAAAAAUGACAGAGAUGUUCUUUGAUUCACUGCAGUGGUCUUACAUGAACAGAACCAUGAUGGUGGGAAUGGCCUUAGAAGAGCAGAGAGUUACGGAAGGGAUUUCUGCUGAAGUACCAAAUAGCAGAGACACAGAAUGGCACAACACAGUAGGCUGGUCCCGUAAUUGGACAGGGGUUUUCGGAUUCUGUCCGGUUAGUUCCAACUUCAGCAUGUUCAUUUGUUUUUGCACAGUAGCACACUUUCAUCACCAAUUCCUCUGAAGAAAUGUCUUAUUAUAGAACAGUCUUACUGAAUGCGUCCCCUGACCUCUACAGUGUGGGAGAGGUAUACCGUAGCCGCUCCAGCGCAAACUUGUAAGGGUUCAGCAUUUUAUAUUGAUUAGAUCCAGUAUUGAUAAUUAUGGUUUUACCUCAAGAUUCUAUUAUAUAUCAAAUAAAAAAAAUUAACUUUCCCUGAAACUUGAAUCUGCAGUUUGAGAUAUACUGACAGUGUCUAUGGAAGUAUGUGCUUUCGUAAACAUGCUGCUGAUUCGUUUUUAACUAAAUCCAAAUCUCACAUCGGUGCUGCUUUGACAAUAAAACAUCUUAUUUCAUACAUCCUUUCUAAGAAAAAUGCUAUUUAAGGGGGAUUUCCCUUGAGAAUGCUAACGGUCACUGUUCUGUACCUACUGUCAAUGUUGCAACUACUGGUAGGCUAGGUUGUGGAUUGAAAAGAAAUACUUUUAUUUUAUUCCCAAUGGAUGCAUAUUUUACAACUCGUGUGUCUUAACUCAAGAGGUCUUUUCAUUUCUGUCAACAGACACUGAACUGGGUUUUGUAGACGGUUGUCUUGCGUUUGUUAAGAAGGGAUGUCUGUAGGAGCCCUCUGAGGGUGGAGCUGCAAGUUUGGGCUGUGCAAUUCAUACAAAAUGUUUCGCAGAAACCCGUAUACUAAAACGACUGUCUGCGUCUCUUGAUAGUAAUAAUAAUAAUAUUAAUAAUGUAACCCUAGUGUAAACAAACGUAUACUCUACCAAUUGUUUUCCAGGGCAGUUGGAUUUUUUUUUACAGCUCCAAAAUCCCAGCACUAAUUAUCCACAAUGAUAGUUGAAAAUAAAGGGAAUACCACCUGUUUGAAAUAUCUAGGUUUGUUCCAGCAGUGUUGUAAAGUGUUGCUAUUGAGGUAAGAAUCAGAACGUUUCGGAGGGCCAUAUUUUUGGGGGGACAGUUUUUAGACCUGAAAACGGCCGAUUUUAUGUUUUAUGUGAAUUUUACAAUAUUAUCUAUCCUGCUCUUUGCAUCGAAAGUCCUAGUAAUAUUCAACUUGAUCUUUCACUUGAUAGACAAUAUUGAUAUUGUGUGAUAUUAAAUAAAAUAAAAUGUUACAGUUCAUUUUCGGGUAACCAAAAAAACACUUCACUCUUGAGAAAAAGCGUCUCCUGUAUUUGGUGUCAGGAUCUUUCUCCGUUCAGUCUACAUAGACUGUACUCAAUGAUAGCUGUGUUCUCUACAGUAUGAAUUUGGCCAUUCAGUGUGCUCAAAGCUGAGUGUUAUUGAAGUUCAUUGAAAUACGCUCCAGUAAGACUCCAUUAGACGCAUUCAAUUGAACCUCCUCAAGUAAAUCAACGAGGAUGGUGAGCGCAACUUUCCGUCCUGAAGCAAUAAAGACCAACCAGGUGAACCACAUUAGGAGGACUUGUUGAUGUACAAGAUCUUUAUCAAACGGUUCCUUUUCUCUCACACUCUGCUCAUUGGCUGAGGUCCCUGCUCAUUGGCUUAUGUGUUAUGUCUCAUUCCAUCUGUCAGGGAACCAAGAUUAUAUUCAUGACUUAAUCAUUCAAAAGAUAUUGCUUGAUUUGAACUCAAAUCGGCUAUGACUAAAACACUGCUGAGUAUGAUCAGGUAAUACUCACAACUUUGGAGCGUAUUCUUUGCGCAUGUUUGGCGUUCGGAGACUUGUUUCAACAUCAGAGUGCAUCCAUAUGAUUUAUGUAUGUACUCUUAUGUACAGUGCCUUCAGAAAGUAUGCAUACCCUUUGACUUAUUCCACAUUUUGUUGUGUUACAGCCUGAAUUUUUUGAAAAGGAAAUACAGAAAUA